AUGGGUGUCCCCAAGUUCUUCAGAUGGAUGUCCGAACGUUAUCCGGCCAUUUCGCAGCUCAUUGCCGAAAACCGGAUACCGGAGUUCGACUGCCUCUAUCUUGACAUGAACGGCAUCAUCCACAACUGCACGCACAAUGACUCCGACUCGCCGACGCAUCGCAUGUCCGAAGACAAGAUGUUCAUCGCCAUCUUCAACUACAUCGAGCAUCUUUUCGGCAAGAUCAAGCCCCAGAAGCUUUUCUUCAUGGCCAUCGACGGUGUCGCCCCUCGCGCCAAGAUGAACCAGCAACGUGCCCGUCGUUUCAGGACCGCCCUGGAUGCCGAGACUGCCAGGGAAAAGGCGAUCAGGGAGGGUGUGGAAAUGCCGAAGGAGCCUGCCUUUGACAGCAACUGCAUCACGCCUGGUACCGAGUUCAUGGCCAGGUUAACUCAGCACCUGAAAUAUUUUAUCAACAAGAAGGUUUCGGAGGACGUCGACUGGCAGGGCGUCGAAGUCGUUCUCUCCGGCCACGAAGUUCCCGGCGAGGGCGAGCACAAGAUCAUGGAGUACAUUCGCCAGGCGAAAUCACAGCCUGGCUACGACCCUAAUGUCCGCCACUGUCUGUACGGCCUGGACGCCGAUCUCAUUAUGCUUGGCCUUCUCAGCCACGACCCGCACUUCUGCUUGCUCAGAGAGGAAGUCACAUUCGGUCGGCAGAACCAGAAGAAGUCCAAGGAGCUGGAGCACCAAAAUUUCUAUCUUAUGCAUCUUUGCAUUGUUCGCGAGUACUUGGAGCUCGAGUUUCAGGAGCUGGAAGAGCCUGGCGCUUUGGAUUUCCCAUUCGACAUGGAACGCGUUAUUGACGACUUCAUCCUCAUGGCUUUCUUUGUUGGAAACGAUUUCCUUCCCAAUCUACCGCAUUUGCAUAUCAACGAGGGCGCUUUGGCGCUCAUGUUCAACGUUUACAAGAAGGUCUUGCCAAAAGCUAAGGGUUACAUCAACGAGGGUGGUGUCAUCAAUCUGGAGCGGUUGGCGAUACUUUUGGAUGAACUUUCUCAUGUGGAAUACCGUUUCUUCGAGGCAGAGAAUGCCGAUGCCGCUUGGUUCAAGGGCAAGCAGAUGGGUCGCGAGGACGUCAUGGAGCGCACGAAGAAGCGCGGAAAGAUUAUCAUGACUACGCGUCAGAAAGAGGUCUACAAGACCAUACCCAGCGAUCGAAAGUUCGUGGAAGAGCUGGCAGAUAGUCUCCAUUUGCAAUGGAAGACUCUGGAAGACGACCAGGGCGAGCGCCAUCUUCAGGUGGCGUUUCCGCCAAGCCUCAUGGAUGACGAUGACGAUGAGGAGGAGGAAGACGAGGAGGCACAGAACGCCAUCCUCCGCGUGCUCAAGCGUUACGACAACGCUCAGAUCGAGGACGUUUCGCCGGACGAAGCUCAGGCAGAGAUGAAGAAGAAAUAUGACGAGAAGUUCCAUGCCUGGAAGGACAACUACUACAAGUCGAAGCUACACUGGGGCUUGGACGACAAAGAAGAACUGCGGAAGCUGACGGAGAACUAUGUGCAAGGUCUGCAAUGGGUUCUCUUCUACUACUACCGUGGCGUGGCCUCUUGGCCAUGGUACUAUGGCUACCACUAUGCGCCCAUGAUUUCAGAUGUGAAGGAGGGCUUGAAGGCCGACCUCAACUUUAAGCUUGGCCAACCUUUCCGCCCUUACCAGCAGUUGAUGGGUGUGCUUCCGGAUCGAAGCAAAUCCAUUGUCCCAACCGCGUAUCACGACUUGAUGACUAACAAGGAUUCUCCUAUCAUCGAUUUCUAUCCUAGAGAUUUUGAAUUGGAUAUGAACGGCAAGAAGCAAGACUGGGAGGCUGUCGUGAAGAUUCCGUUCAUUGAUGAGAAGAGAUUGCUUCCUGCAAUGGCCACCAAGGACCAUCUGCUCUCACCUGACGAGAAGAACCGGAACGAAUUCGGAGUCACGCUCAAGUUCACUUAUCAGCCUGAUCUUGAUUAUGUUUACCCGUCCUCAUUAGCUGGAGUCUUCCCGGAUCUUGCACAUUGUCGGUGUGUCGAGAACAUCUUUGAACUGCCCACAAUGGACGGUCUCGAGGUCUACAUUGGACUCGUCGACGGAGUCAAAAUGGGCAUUGAUGCCCUUGCCGGUUUCCCAAGCUUGAAGGUUCUGCCUUUCCAUGGAGCGCUAGCCUUCCAUGGCGUUAGCGUGUUCCAACAGGAGAGCAGAAACGAAAGUAUGGUCGUCAGUCUUCUGGAGACUGAGGAGCGCAACAAAGCUUCGAGCGCGCAGAGGAAGCUUGGCAAAGCCGUUCAUGUUGGCUACCCCUUCCUUCAGGAAGCCAAGGUUGUCAAGGUGUCAGACGAAUUGUUCGACUAUGUGGAGGAGAACGGGCAGGUGAUCUCGAUCCCUCAUGGCCCCAGGGAGAUCUCGGACUGGAAGAAGAAGGCCAACCGCAUCGAGUCCUUCUACAGCAAGCGUCUUGCCACGGACAUUGGUGACGUUGAAUCACUGGUGCACGUCGAGAUGCUGAAGGGAUUGAGGAAGACCGAUGAGGGAGCUACCGUCAAGGAGUACGGCAUUAUCCCUGGCCAGGAGACGGACUUCGCGACUCAGACGAUCGUGGAUGAAGUCGUGAGUGAGGACCAGCGUUUCUUGGAGAAGGCUGCUGUCCCCAUUGAAGAAGAGUUCCCGGUCGGGUCCAGAGCGUUUUUCCUUGGUGAAUUCGCCUACGGCCGUCCGCUCGAGGUCCUAGGACACGCCGGUGGAAAGGCAGAGGCUUGGGUUCUUGUCGCGAAAGGAAAGGAGCAAGACUUUGGAAAGCAGAUUGUCAAGAAGGCGGAAUCUCAGGCGAACUAUCGCCCGGUCACAUCGUCGCUCUCGGUCAAUUCGAGUGGACUUCGUCUCAAUUUGGGCUUGAACCUAAAGUUCGAGGCGAAGAAGCUCAAGGUCCUUGGGUACUCUCGCAAGGGUGAAACCGGAUGGGAGUACAGCCCGAAGGCCAUUGACCUAAUCACGCAGUACAUGAUCCAGUUCCCAGAGUUCUUUGCUGUUCUCCAGGCCAACCCGAAGGGAGACAUCUACGAGGAUACGGAUUUCUAUCCUCCGGAAAUUGCCAAGCAAAAGAUGAAAGAGAUCGGCUCAUGGCUGAAGUCGAUUGAGUCGAAGAAAUUUGAGAAGGUGCCCCUUGAGGCCGAACAGCUCGACUCGGAUGUUGUCAAGGAGAUCGAGAAGGCGGCAGACCAUAGCCGCGAUAACGGGCCUCAAACCGAGGGCAAGAAGAUCAAGGGAGUUCCUCGCCAGGCGCUUCUCAAGCCUUCGGAUGCUGAGCAGCAGAUUGGUGGGCAGAGGUUCUCUCUUGGCGAUCGGAUCGUCUACGUCCAAGAUUCUGGCAGGGUUCCCAUCGGGCAGCGCGACAAGCAAUGCAUUGCCAUGUCGUUGGCUGGUAACGCGAAACGGCCACAAUCUACUUUCCAGCCCCUGACUGUCCAGAACUCUGCCUACGGUAUUGCUGCUGGCCAGAACCGUGGCAACUUCCGCGGUCGUGGACGCGGCGGAAUCACGCCACAAGCGCAGCAGAACGGAAGCGCUAUUGAGCAGAACGGACAGCAAUAUGAGCUACCGAUCCGUAACGGGCCACCCAACGGGCCUGCCAACGGCGCGCAGCGUGGUCGGGGCGGCGCCAACGGCUUCACACCUCGUGGCCGCGGGAACAACAACUUCGGAGGUCGCGGCGGCCGUGGCCGCGGAGGCGGCAAUCAACAAGGAUUCACUGUCAUCGACAACAGCGAUCCAACGGAGGGUGUCGUCAGGAACAACCCCAACUUCCGACCUCAGAGCUACGCGAGCGUGCCUCCGCCGGCAACGCUGGACGCGAACGCGUUCCGUGGCGGACGAGGUAGGGGUCGUGGAUUCCGUGGCAACCGUGGUGCCGGUAGGGGUGGUCGUGGUGGUGCGGCUGCCCAGGCUCAGUAG